AUGUUGUAAUCGCUAAUCGACAGCAAGUUAUUUCGGCGCAUGGAUUGCAUUGAUAUUCGCGGAAAUUGUACAAGGAGGAAAUAACAUGAAACUGGUGUUUAAUCCAUAUGAGAGAUUUUAAUGUAUUUACUCAACAAGUGCUCCACUGAUCAUACGCUUGUCAGCUGUUGUAGUUCUCCGUAAUUUUCUGAAAAUAUAACGUCUUAAUAAUAUUUACAAAUAUAGUUUAGUAGUAACUAACGUAACUCAGUCAUUGAGUAAACGGAGCAAACAUAGCCAGAAACCUAACUAGAAGUAUGUUGUUGAUUGAUGCAUGUGAAUUAUACCACCGAACUCUGCGGUACAACUAAUGAAUGGAUACAGUUCAGUGCGUACAACGAAAUGUGUGUUAGGGUUACUUUAUUGUCAUCCAUCUGGGUUAACAGAAACUCCGUGAUAGCAUUCCCCUGACAAUUCAUCCGCGGGGUAGAAAAUCAUUUGGACAGGUUGCCUCUGUGUGCUGAUCUUGGAUCAGCAGUUAUUUUGUUCAUAUGAGUUUAGGAGAUUUUAUUAGGACUGGGUAAACCGAUUCUAGGUCAGCGUGCGAACCCGAAACUACUCUGCGUGCGCGGAUCCCAGAUGCGCACCACUAAGAGCUAAUAAAAUAACGUAAAUUAACUAAAAUACAUCGUCCAGUUAACAAUCUAAUUUAGGUAGCCAUCUAUCUUUCAGCGAUACAACGAGGUUGGAUGAAAAACGACGUCUAUACUGUUUUGCAGUCGCAGAGCCUGAUUAUGUCUCAGCAUGCUGUGCUGUCUGUGGGAGCCAAGUCAUGGAGGUCCCUCCCCUGCUUGCGCACAGAGCUGCGGCUGGACUUGACCCUAAGCUGUGGCCAGUCUUUCCGAUGGCGUGAAACAGGUGAGGGCCACUGGACAGGAGUGAUCGGCGGGCGUGUGUGGACACUGACACAGACGGAAGACACACUGUGGUACUACACCUACAGCAUGCAGGACAGCGCAGGGGAGGUGAAUGGGAGGAAGAGGAGAGGGGAAGUAAGGCCACAUGGGCCUGUGAAGAGGACCAAAGGAAUGAUCACUGUGAAGGAAGAGGAACCCACUGAGGACCUAGAGCCAAAGGCCAUGACUACUGAAUAUGACCAUAAGGAGGAAGAGGUCCUUAAGGAUUACUUCCAGCUGAAUGUGAACAUGGCAGAGCUGUACAAGCAAUGGGGCACUGCAGACUCUCACUUCAAAUCCAUUGCCAAAGCGUUCACAGGUGUGAGAAUGCUGCGUCAGGAUCCUACUGAAUGCCUUUUCUCCUUUAUUUGCACCUCCAACAACCACAUCUCCCGCAUCCAGGGCAUGGUGGAGAGGCUGUGCAACACACUGGGAGCACCCUUGUGCCAGCUGGAUGGGACCCCUUACCACAACUUUCCCACCUUGCAAGCCUUAGCAGACAGCAGUGUGGAGUCCUGUCUUAGAAAUCUGGGCUUUGGGUACCGUGCCCGUUUCCUGCAGCAGAGUGCCAGACAGAUCAUGGACAACCAUGGUCUAGACUGGCUGAACAGCCUACGCUCCGUCCCCUAUUUGCAAGCUCGGGAUGCACUGCGCAGCCUGCCUGGAGUCGGACUUAAGGUGGCAGACUGUGCCUGCCUGAUGUCUCUGGACAAGGCACAAGCAGUUCCUGUGGACACACACGUGUGGCAGAUUGCUCAGAGAGACUACCGCUGCACUGCGGGGAAAGGCCACAAGAGCCUGACGGACAAAGUCUAUCGGGACAUUGGUGACUUCUUCCGACAGCUGUGGGGUCCUUAUGCUGGUUGGGCACAGUCUGUAUUGUUCUGUUCGGAUCUGAAAAAAUUCCAGGAGCUGAAAGAGAUGGCUGUAAAAAAGGAGAAGUCAGAGGUUAAGAUAACAAGAAAAAAAAUUAUGAAGAAAACCUGACAUGAAGUAACUGUACAGAGAGUAAAGUGCCUGAUCGCAGAGUAGAACAACAGCCAUGAAGAGAGAUCAUUGUUGGUAUAAAGUGUACCUUCCUUAUUGUUUUUGACAUGUAAUCUCACACUGUAGUCUCUAAUCCAAGGGGGUGUCCAAUCUUAUCCAAAAAGGGCCAGUGUGGUUGCAGGUUUUUAUUUAUGCCCAGAACUACAACACCUGAUUUAAUUAACUAAUCCUAGCCUUCAAUCAAGACCAUAAGUAAACUCAGGCAUCUUGGUGCUGGGUUACAACAAAAAGCUGCCCCCACACCGGGCCUUUUUGGAUAAGAUUGGACACUUUAAUCUUUAAUCUAUAUUCAGACAAUGAUUUAGGGCAGGGGUCUUCAACCGUGGGCCUGGAGAGCAACAGGGUCCGCUGGCUUUUGUAGUUACUCAGCACUUGAAUAGCACAGCAAUCGAUCUGUUAAAGCAGCUGAUUACACACAGCUCAGGUCACCUGGUUUCUUGGGUCUGAAUCGGUUGCUGAUCUUAAGGCGAAAACAAAAACCAGGUGACUGAUCCUGUGGCUCGUCUGGACCAGCAUUGAGAAUUGAUCAUUUUGGGAUACUUUUCUUUCCUCCUGUAUGUCCAAUGAAGUAAUGCGACCUUUAUUUUCCAGACUUUUUUCUUAGUUUUUCUUUAACAAAGAAAGAUGUAUUGUGUGAUUAUGUGAAAGUCAGAUACUCUGCCAGCAGCUGAACUGAAUGGGGCGUACAGCUCAGAACAGAAGAAGGGCAAUCUUUGAUUUGCCUGUUCUGUUAUAUGAUCAGAGGUGAAGUAAAACCACAGAAGGCAGUGAAUUAUGGUUAGGCUUGGAAGACUUCAGAAUUUAUUUUUGCUCUCAAAUAUGUGGCACAAAUGUAAAUUAAUCUGAUAAUUAAUCUGUAGUAAGGAUCCUGUUAAGAACCGGUUAAGUCACUGCUCUUGUGCAUGGAUAAGUGCAUGGACCAGUUAAUUCUAGUCUCCCAGAUAGCAAGAUCAUCUCUCACAUAAUAUAGUGCUUAAUAUUCUAUUGGUUUCAUGCUAAAAAAAGGAAAUAUGUGAAAAGCAAUUUUGUCAUAAUUGACAUAAACAUCCAAAUUAUUUGUCCCUCCCCCCUUUUUGUACUUAAAAAAAAGAAGUAAUUGUGAUGCUAUAGUGUUACUGAUGCCAGUGAAUGUUUUCCAUACUACAGGCCACAAAGCAUAUUCUGGUAAACUAGCAAAGACUCAAGGAAAGGUACAUCUCUGACUGAUGAAAUGUGGAUUCCUGUUGGUGUCUGGUGAGCAGUUGGAGACGACAGUGUGCAGGAGUCUUGCCACAGGUCUCAGAGUCCAUCCAGGUGAUCUGUAGUGUCUGCUGGUAUUUGGUGUGUUUCAACACCAGUGAUUCAUUCAAGUCUUUGAGUUGCUAGAGUCCAUGUACCUUGUUCUCAAGGCCAUAUUUGACUACCAGUUAAACGGAAGCCACAGAAACCUGUAGGCACGGUGGCCCCGCAGGACUUUAGUUUAACACCCCUGACUAAAACCUUCACCACCUUAGUUGGGGAAGCAACUUGUGUCACUACUGCAGACUCCAGCUAAAAUCAGCUAAAGACCCAGACUCAACAUGUACUUUUUCCAAACAAAGUUAACGAAAGUUAAUGAAAUCCUUUUAAAUUAAUUAAGGAAAUGCCAAAAAAUCACCUGUGUUACUUAUAAAAUGAAAAGCAAGUGAAAUUUGCUGAGCCACUGCAACAGCAUACCCUGUCAAUUUGUGCUGCUUCAUAUUAUCUUGAAUGACUAUUAUUUUCUGUGAUGUUCUAGAAAUCUCUUAUUUCAGCUAGCUUAUUAGCAAGCUAGCAGCUCAUUUUGUUUAUCAUCGCCUAGCCAAAAACUUGCCAGGUUACUGUAAAGGCAAGCAAGAUUUAUGACUUCAAUUUGUUUUUGCCUUUCUUCGUUUGUUUUAUCUAGAUAGCUAUACGUCUUUGUUUUUCACCUGGCCAAAUGGCUAAUUUCCUAGUUCAUUUCCUAGUUAGUAGAUUUAAGUAGCCUGGUAACUAUCACAUUGUAGCUAUGUAGGAAUACAUAGCUUUUCAUAAACUGUUCGGUGUAAAUGUUAUCUUAGUAUGGAGAGGGGAAAUGGGGUUUUUCUACUAUGAGGUGUAUGUUUAAUAUGAGAAUAAAACUGCAACAUUUUACAAAAUAA